CUCUCUCUAUAAAACCAAACCAACCCACCACGUCUCUCUUUAAACACCCUAACCGCCUCCUAACUGUAUUAUCCCUCCAUUAUUCACCCAACUCAACUCCUCAUCAAAACUUACAUUUCAUUCCACCCAAAAAUCCUCCCAAUAAUUCAAAACAUGAAGUGGCCGAAUCGCAAAUCUUCAUCUCUCAUCAAUCGCGUCUUCUCCAAAUUCAAGCGCACCUCAUCCAAGACCACCAAGAACCAUAUGCAUAACAAUUCCCUCGAUUUUCCCUCUCCGAAUCCAUCCUUGUACCGACAAGGCAGAUUCUACAGCAUGGACGAAGACGACGCGUAUUGGAGAAUCUCCUUCGGCGGCGACGACAGAAUCCAGCCGCGGCGGAGCACCGGCGGGAUCAACACAGAUUCCGACAUGUUCGCCGGGUUCGCGAGGCUCGGAUUGGCCGAGGCCGAGGCCGAGGCUCCGAAGCGGAACUUCACCGAGAUGGUUUCGGAUAUAAAGAGGAUGAGAGAGAAGCAGAGGAUUCCUGAUGAGAGGAGGGUGAAGGACAUAAAGGUGAAAAGCGAAGUUGGAGUGAGAAGAAGCAAGGAAAGAGGCAGAGGCGUGAAGGCCUACUCCCCGAGGAGCGAGUGCAAGAUCAGAGCGCUCCAAGAGAUGAAGAAAGCGAGGAGCAAGGCCAAGAGGAGAGCUCCGCCGCCGCGGAACACCGUCUUCGAUAGCUUCGCCGUCGUCAAGAGCUCGGUCGAUCCGCAUCGAGAUUUCAAGGAAUCCAUGGUUGAGAUGAUUAGGGAGAAGGGAAUAGGGCACCCCGACGAUCUCGAGGAAUUGUUGGCUUGUUAUCUAACGUUGAAUUGCGACGAGUAUCACGACAUGAUCGUCACCGUUUUCCGACAGGUUUGGGUCGACCUCAAACCCAACGUUUCGCAUUUUGAUUCUUAGGAGGAUUGCUUGCUUCCUUCACUCUAGCUAGUGUUAGGAAACUCAAUUUAGUUUGUUCAUAAUUUGUCUUAUAUAUAUGCAAUAUGUUGUCUUAUUUCA